GGCAUUUACAAUCGCCAAGGUUACAAACCGACGAAAAGGCUCUGGUUGCACUGUUUUCAUUUUGCAUACCUGCUGUUCCACUGGCAGUGGGAACUUUGUGGUACCAAAAUUCAGCCGACGUUGCGAUUUUGCUAAAUAUGAUAUUGAUUUACGAGCGGAGGGUGUUUAAUACUAAGGAAAAGCACUACAAUAAAGUUCUAAGUUCCGCAAAAUUUUUGAAAUGUGCACUACAACUACUGGGAUUAUGUGGCUCUAUGUUCCUUCAAAUCUUUGUCAUCCUGCUUAUCAUUAUGAAGGCUGGUAGGCCUCCUUUCAUUGGGUCGAUAAUUCCAGAUAACAAGACGUUAGGAGGCAAAUAUUCUAAGGACUUCAAUGUCAUCGGGCAUCUUGGAGGGUUUUUAAUAGAAUUUUGGCAAUACAGCACACUAGGCCACUUGACCAGUAUAGCUACAGCAAAUGUAUGCAUGACGUCGAUCUUCUGUUUGUUCAUUUCACUAAGAUGGACAAUGAGAAUUGAUAAAGUUGAACAGGAGGAAGGAUCAACUGAUCCAUACUUAAAUCAACUGGAGGGAUACAUACAACUUAAAAUUAUUGAGGCGCAAAUGAAUGCUUGCUUUCGACGUAUAUAUCUUCCCGGAAUUUUCUUUGUUUUUGGCAUCUGCAAUGUUACCUGCAGUUAUUUUUGUGUGCCACAUGUACAAAACUUGUUUAAGAACGUGGACAAUUUUGUCUUUGUCUGUGUCCUGGUAGAGACUGUGUUGUUUAUAUUGCUGGUUGUUGGUUUGUGUGGAAUGUUGAAUAAAAAGUCGGAAAUUAUGCUGAAUAAAUUAAGAUUCAACAUUCUAGGUAAAGUGUUGGAUAGGGAGCUCGUUUGUAAACGAGUCCGUGGAUGUUCCCCAUUCAAGAUAAGGUUCGGUUCCAAUUUUGUGGAUGUAUUGACACCCUUAAGAAUGAUGGUGUUGUGCAUUAGGGGGACGGUGAGGUUGUUGUUAUUGCAGUAAUUUAAAUAUCUCGGUUUAAAAAAUAAUUAAGAUUUAAAAUUAUGAUGUCGCUUGUAAUUAAAUAAAUAUUUAAUAAAGAUUUAUUUCAUCGUACUGAAUGAAUGCUUAUUGAUUUGAGUAAUAUAUGAAGUAUAUUAAUACACGAUGAAAAGUCACUGUCUAGGAAAUAGAUGCGAAAACACGUCUUCAAAAUUUUUCAGACAUUGCUUGAUGAGAAUUCAUAAAAUUGGA